GCGGCCUCCUCGCCCUUGCAGCUCAGUCGGCGGCCGGGACGGCAGGGGCCGCUGUGAGGAGCUCCGCGCUCGCGCCGCCGCCCUCGCUCCGCGGGCGCCCAGCGCUUCUGCUCCGCUCCCCGCGCGGAAGGAAACAACGCUCCUGGAAGAGACAAGAACCCAUUAAAAGAGCCAGUAAUCCUGUAGAAGAUGGCCUUCAGCGAUCUUACAUCAAGGACUGUACGUCUCUAUGAUAAUUGGAUCAAAGAUGCUGAUCCAAGAGUGGAAGAUUGGCUCCUCAUGUCCUCACCUCUGCCACAAACCAUCAUCUUGGGACUCUAUGUCUAUUUUGUCACUUCUCUGGGACCAAAGCUCAUGGAGAAUCGAAAACCCUUUGAACUCAAGAAAGCAAUGAUAACGUACAAUUUUUUCAUAGUACUUUUUUCUGUGUAUAUGUGUUAUGAGUUUGUGAUGUCUGGCUGGGGUACAGGUUAUUCAUUUCGAUGUGAAAUUGUUGACUAUUCACGGUCCCCCACAGCUUUGAGGAUGGCACGGACCUGCUGGCUUUAUUACUUCUCAAAAUUUAUCGAGCUAUUAGAUACUGUCUUUUUUGUUCUACGUAAGAAAAAUAGCCAAGUGACUUUCCUUCACGUCUUCCAUCAUACUAUCAUGCCUUGGACCUGGUGGUUUGGAGUCAAAUUUGCUGCAGGUGGUUUGGGAACAUUCCAUGCCUUUCUGAACACAGCUGUCCAUGUAGUCAUGUAUACCUACUAUGGGCUUUGUGCAUUGGGACCUGCCUACCAGAAGUAUUUAUGGUGGAAAAAAUACUUGACAUCAUUACAGCUUGUCCAGUUUGUUAUUGUCACCAUCCACAUAGGCCAAUUCUUUUUCAUGGAGGAUUGCAAGUACCAGUUCCCAGUCUUUCUGUACAUCAUUAUGAGUUAUGGGUGCAUCUUUCUGCUGCUCUUUCUUCAUUUUUGGUACCGUGCUUACACCAAAGGUCAGAGACUGCCCAAAACUGUGAAAAACAGAAACAGCAAAAACAAAGAUCACUGAAAUAAAAGCACAAUAUGAAUCUAUGAUCGAGACUGAUAUGUCGUCUUCCAUGACAAUCAAGAGAUACUUACCUAUGCAGUGCUUUUUGUAUAUUUUUCAAAACUAAGAGCUUGUAUUUUUAUGAUAAGUUAUUGAGCUUUCUGAUAUUUGAGAGUCUAAAGCUCCCAGAUAAGUCUUCUGAUGAUUAGAGCCUGAAGUUUUUUAGCUGCUUUCAAACCUAAUCUGAAAGUUUUGUUUAAUACAUUUUGUUACAGUGAAAGGAAGAUGUGAAGCAGUCCAGUACUCUUCAAGGAAGUCUGGUAUAGAGGAAAAAUAUUAUUUUGAGCAUGGACAGAGAUCCAUCUGUGGGCUCUGGCUUUGCCAUUUGUGACUAUAUUCAGAAGAUGCUCUAUUUACUCUAGAGUUAAAUUCCCAUUCUAAAGAACUAACAUAGGUGAACAUUAGGUGAAUUUUUGAUAAUUGUCAUUUCAAAUCACUAAUGAUAAUUUUUGUUGAAUCUUUUGAGUAGCCACCACCCAUUUUGCUGUUAAGACUUACCUUUUGUGGUACAUAAAACACUUUAGUUGUAUACACUGUUUCAAAGUAACGAUACUUUCAGUGAAACCUUAAUGUUAAUAUCAUUUUGAAAAUAAGGCGAUUUGUUUUGAUAGGUUCACCAAACAUUUUGCUUUUGCUAUUACAAUUUUAUCAUGAACUUCGAUCUCUGGAAAGAGGUGAAUUUGUUAAUGAAAAAAGUACUGUGUUGUUUGGUUAUCUACAAAUCUGUUAUUUGUUUUAUUAUAAUAUUUUCUCACGUUGCCAUGGCUUACAGUGUUAUCUUGUUUAGAUAUAUAUUGGCUAACUUUCUAAAUGUUCAUAUCAUUAGAACACUGCAGGUACCCUAAAUCAUAAAUAAUUGUAGAUAACCUAUUAUACACAAUUUUCAGAUGUCAGAGUGCCUUGUGAAGCCAGUGGAAGGUAAUGGUGGUACAGAAAAUAUCCGGGCAAGAUUCCAUUAUGUAAGUAAGGGCUGUUCCACUUUGAGAGAGAAACAGACUACAUAACAGUUACAGAUUAUAUAGUUAGUAUUAUAGAUACAUUGCAUGAAAAAGUAUUUUCUGGAAUGUCAAUUAAUUAACAACCUAGAUUUCAUUUUUUCAGACCUAUAAACCAUACAUAAUGAAGGACUGAACUGAAAUUUUUGUUUCUUUAAAAUUCCUAGUUACUAAAAUUCUCUUGUUCUUAAUAUUUUCUUGUCAGAAAACUACUCUAUUGACAAAACUACUGGUCAAUAGAGUUUGUCCAGGAAAUAAUAAUAUUUGGACAUUUGUGAAUUUUUUUCUUGUUUUAUUUAUACGCAAAUUUAAAAGACUGCUUAUGUUUGUAAGACUUUAAACAAUUAGUACUUAAGGUCCCAGUUAUUGUGUAACACACAGGGAUACUUAUUGUAUAGCAAAACCUAAACUUUACUCAAUAUCAUGGCCUUUUAUCCUCACAGUUACCAGAUUUAUGUACAUGUAUUUGCCUUUAAGUGACCUUUUGUGAUUUCACUUGCUUACAGUAUGAGAAGACGAGGGUUGAUAAGUGAGAGAAAUUUCAUGGUUUUUAGUGAAGAAUAAAGAACAGGAGAGCAGAGCUAAAAGAAACAACUGCUUUAAUUUAUUUCACUGUAAACAUCUCAGAAUUCCUUAAAUGUUUUUCAGUUUUGCAUCUUCAUAUCCAACCUGUGCUAAAAUGAGAGCCUAUGGUAGGUGCUAUUGUACAUUACGUAAUUGUCUUUUUUUUUUUUUUGAGACAGACUCACUUUGUUGCCCUCAGUAGAGUGCUGUCUAGCUCACAGCAACCUCAAACUCUUGGGCUCAAGUGGUCUCGUUGCUUCAGCCUCCCAAGUAGCUGGAACUGCAAGGGCCCACAACAACGCCCGGCUUUUUUUAGCGAUGGGGUCUCACUCUGGCUCAGGCUGGUCUCGAACUCCUGAGCUCAAGAGAUCCACCCGCCUCAGCCUCCCAGAGUGCUAGAAUUAUCAGUGUGAGCCACUGCGCCCAGCAGCAUAACAUAAUUAAAAAAAAAUUACAAAUGGGGUAAAGACCAAAAGGAGGGAGGUAAUAAUGAAAGAUAAAACCAGAGAGUCUGAUUUAUUUCUUACAUGCUUUCUGACCUGCAUCAUACAACCUCCUUAACUUUUCUGUAGUCUUUACAAUGUUUGACUUGCCUAUGAACUAAUACUUGAUAAAACCACAUUCUCAAUUAUAUGAACAGAAUGUUACAACAACAACCAAAAAAUCACAGCUAGCAGGAGUAUACUCCAUAUAAACAUCAAAAUGAAUGUCACUGGAUAUAAACAUCAGUAGAUCAAAAUGAAUGUCUGGAUAUAGAAUUUGUAUGGGCAAUAUUUUAUUAAAAGGAUUCCGUGUUUUCUCAGUUUCUGCUGGGGUUUCAUCUCACUUUUCAGGACUUUAUUGCCUAAAAAUUUGCUUACCUAACAAAAAUCCCAGUUAUAAAAUCUAGUUUAUUACACAAAGCUAUAUGAAUCCUUGAGGAUCUGUAUCUAUAAUGUAAAUAAAUACAAAUAUAGGUUUUUAAAUAUCUAUGGGACAUUGCCAUUUUACAGUCUUAAUUCUUAUUAAAUAGAACUUUUGAGUAUACUACAUUCUUAGAUAAAUUACAAAAUUAUGAGCUAUAUUCUCUCCAUUAUCCCUCAUUUCUGUUAACUUUUUAAAGACUGGAAAACUCUGUGACUGUUGUCAAAGUGUGGCUUUGUUUUUCUCUGUGUAUUACAAUAAAUUUGUGG